AAAACCCCAAAGCAAACUAAGACUAGAAAUCCAAGGUCCAAUCCAUGGCGAUGAUCUCCAGGGCGAGGCUGGCGCUGCUGGCGGUGGCUGUGGCGGCGGCGGCGAUGUCGGCGUCGGCGGCGUACACGGGGUGCGCGAAGCCGAGGAAGGUGACGGUGCAGAACCUGAGCGGGCGCGACCUGGCGCUGUCGGAGCAGCCGCUGGCGAACAGCGGGCCGCUGUUCGGCGCCGGCUUCGUGCUCCGCCACGGCACGCACGCAGAGUUCCCGACGUGCCUCUGGACGGGGCGCGUGUCGGCGCCGGGGGCGGCGCUGGUGGAGUUCCACGUCGGGCCCGACGGCGGCGCGUGGUACCAGGUGGACAACAAGCAGGCCGGCGCGCCGGUGAAGGUCACCGUGACGCCGCACGGCGCGCCGCUGCAGGGCCACUGCCCCGCCGCCGGCUGCCGCGGCGGCGGCCAGUGCUUCGCCGACGCCGUCCCCGGCGGCAACUGCCACGCCGUCGACGAGCUCAAGAUCAUCUACUACAGCCCCUAGAUCUCGCUCGCGUCGCCAUUAAUUAGCUUGCUGGAUUAGCCAUGGAUUAGGCCGUCGUCUAGUUUGAUUACAUUUCGUCGUUGCAAGAGUGUCAGUGUGACAUACAGUGUGUGUCCACGUGACGCUUUUUGGGCUCUCGCAUGCAUGCGUCCGUUCGUGUCAGUGCAUGCGUCCUCGUAAUCUGUGCCGUGUUUUGUCCUGUUUGUCUUGUGUCCUUGUUGAUUAUAAUUAUCGCUAAAUUAAUAUCAGGUGCCUGCAUGCGCUGCAGUUGCUUUUAUAUUA